CGCCAUCUUGAAAUCUGAUCCUCGAUCUCCGAAUUUUUGCGUCAGCAGCAGGCUGCUGCUAGUGUACCGCGAACCCAGCCUGCUAGAAGGGAGGACGUUGGGGGCGCGGCGGCAGGCGGGAGAGACAGCUGGAGGGGACAUGGCAGGUUUCGAGCGUGGCCUGCGCUGCUGUCACUCAGCAUCCCCCUAAGGCGUUUCUACGCCCGCCCCCUUCCCGAGGGGCGGGGCUGCCCACUCUGGUACCCAGAGCCAGCGCGCGGGUGGCGGAGGUGCGCCCCUGCAGAGUGGGGACCCCACCGGACUGUGCCAUGCCGGCCGGAGGCCACCGAGGCGGGAGACGGAGCGCAGCGAAGCGUCAGUGAUUGAACACCAAGCAGCAGCCGCCUCAGGGAAGCUCGGCAAUCGCUAGGAGAGAAGAUGAAGGAGAUUUGCAGGAUCUGUGCCCGGGAGCUGUGUGGAAACCAGCGGCGCUGGAUCUUCCACACGGCAUCUAAGCUCAACCUCCAGGUUCUGCUUUCGCACGUCCUGGGCAAGGAUGUCGCCCGCGAUGGCAAAGCCGAAUUUGCUUGCAGCAAGUGUGCUUUCAUGCUUGAUCGUAUCUAUAGAUUCGACACCGUUAUUGCCCGGAUCGAAGCUCUUUCUAUUGAGCGUUUGCAAAAACUGCUGCUGGAGAAGGACCGCCUCAAGUUCUGCAUUGCUAGCAUGUAUCGUAAGAAUAACGAUGACUCCAGCACGGAAACCAAGGCGGGGAAUGGGACGGUUGACAUUUCCGGCUUACCCGAUGUAAGAUACUCUGCACUGCUCCAGGAAGACUUUGCCUAUUCAGGGUUUGAGUGUUGGGUAGAAAACGAGGAUCAGAUUCAGGAGCUACACAGCUGCCAUGGUUCGGAAGGUCCUGGAAACCGACCCAGGAGAUGCCGUGGUUGUGCAGCCUUGCGGGUCGCUGAUUCUGACUAUGAAGCCAUUUGUAAGGUGCCUCGAAAGGUGGCCAGAAGUAUCUCGUGUGGUCCUUCUUCUAGGUGGUCCACCAGCAUUUGCACUGAAGAACCAGCAUUGUCUGAGGUUGGGCCAUCGGAUUUACCAAGUACAAAGGUACCCCCAGAUGGAGAAAGCAUGGAGGAAGGGACACCAGGAUCCUCUGUGGAAUCUUUGGAUGCAAGUGUCCAGGCUAGUCCUCCACAACAAAAGGAUGAGGAAACAGAGAGAAGUGCAAAGGAACUUGCAAAGUGCGACUGUUGUUCAGAUGAACAGGCUCCACAGCAUAUAUGUAACCACAAGCUGGAGCUAGCUCUUAACAUGAUUAAAGGUCUCGAUUAUAAGCCUAUCCAGAGCCCCCGAGGGAGCAAGCUUCCUAUUCCAGUGAAAUCCAGCCCACCUGGAGCCAGGCCUGGCCAUAUCAUGACAGAUGGAGUUAGUUCCGGUUUCCAUAACCGGCCUUUGAAACCCCUUUACAAGACACCUGUGAGUUAUCCCUUGGAGCUUUCAGACCUCCAGGAGCUGUGGGAUGAUCUCUGUGAAGAUUAUUUGCCACUUCGGGUCCAGCCUGUGACUGAAGAGUUACUCAAACAACAAAAGCUGAAUUCAGAUGAGACCAUUAUAACUCAGCAGUCUGUAUCUGAUUCCCACUUGGCAGAACUCCAGGAAAAAAUACAGCAAAUGGAGGCCACCAACAAGAUUCUUCAAGAGAAACUGAAUGAAAUGAGCUGUGAACUCAAGUCUGCUCAGGAGUCAUCUCAGAAGCAAGACGGUACAAUUCAAAGCCUCAAGGAAACUCUGAAGAGCAGGGAAAAUGAGACCGAGGAGUUGUACCAGGUGAUUGAAGGUCAAAAUGACACAAUGGCAAAGCUUCGAGAAAUGCUGCACCAAAGCCAGCUUGGACAACUUCAUAACUCAGAGGGUACGUCCCCAGCUCAGCAGCAGGUGGCUCUGCUUGAUCUUCAGAGUGCUUUGUUCUACAGCCAGCUUGAAAUACAGAAACUCCAGAGGGUAGUACGUCAAAAAGAACGCCAACUGGCUGAUGCCAAACGAUGUGUGCAAUUUGUAGAGGCUGCUGCCCAAGAAAGAGAACAGCAGAAAGAGGCAUCUUGGAAACAUAACCAGGAAUUACGAAAAGCCUUGCAGCAGCUCCAAGGAGAAUUGCAGAGUAAAAGCCAACAGCUUCGUACCCUGGAGACUGAAAGACACAACGAGAUUAGAACCCAUGAUCAACACAUUCAGCACCUAAACCACAGUCUGAGUCACAAAGAGCAGCUGCUUCAGGAAUUUCGGGAGCUCCUGCAAUAUCGAGAUAAGUCAGACAAAACCCUUGAAGCAGAUGAAAUGUUGCUUGAGAAACUUCGGCAGAGAAUACAAGAUCGAGAUGUUGCUCUAGAGCGGGCAAUCGAUGAAAAGUUCUCCACUCUGGAAGAGAAGGAAAAAGAACUGCGUCAACUUCAUCUCGCCGUGCGAGAACGAGAUCAUGACUUAGAGAGAUUGCGUGGUAUUCUCUCCUCUAAUGAAGCUACCAUGCAGAGUAUGGAGAGUCUCCUGAGGGCCAAAGGCCUGGAAGUAGAGCAGUUAUCUGCCACCUGUCAAAACCUCCAAUGGCUGAAAGAAGAAAGGGAAACCAAAUUUAGCCAUUGGCAGAAGGAACAAGAAAGUAUCAUUCAGCAGUUACAGACAUCUCUGCAUGACAGGAACAAAGAAGUGGAGGAUCUUAGUGCCACGUUGCUCUGUAAGCUCGGACCGGGACAGAGUGAGAUAGCAGAGGACCUGUGCCGGCGCCUACAGCGAAAGGAAAGGAUGCUGCAGGAACUGCUGAGCGAUCGAAACAAGCAAGCAGUGGAACAUGAAAUCGAGAUUCAAGGCCUGCUUCAGUCUCUGAGCACCAGGGAGCAGGAGAGCCAAGCCACUGCAGAGAAGAUGGUACAAGCCCUGAUGGAAAGAAAUUCAGAAUUACAGGCCCUGCGCCAGUAUUUAGGAGGGAAAGACUUCAUGUCCCAAGCACUCAUCUCUAACCAACUCACUGAAGUUACCUCCAGCAGCCCCCAUCUUAGAGAGCAGACUGACCAAGGUUCAGUGCAUAUACCCUCCAAAGAUGAUAGCAUUUCGUUGACUGCCAAAGGGGAUACCAGUAUACCCAGGUCCUCAUUAGGAGAUUUGGACACAGUUGCGGGGCUGGAAAAGGAACUGAGUAAUGCCAAAGAGGAACUUGAGCUCAUGGCUAAAAAAGAAAGAGAAAGUCGGAUGGAACUUUCUGCGCUACAGUCCAUGGUGGCCGUGCAAGAGGAAGAGCUACAGGUGCAGGCUGCCGACAUGGAGUCCCUGACCAGGAACAUACAGAUUAAAGAAGACCUCAUAAAGGACCUACAGAUGCAACUGGUUGAUCCUGAAGACAUACCAGCUAUGGAACGCCUGACGCAAGAAGUCUUACUUCUUCGGGAAAAAGUUGCUUCAGUAGAAUCACAGGGUCAAGAAACUUUAGGAAAUCGAAGACAACAAUUGCUGCUGAUGCUCGAAGGGCUGGUAGAUGAACGGAGUCGGCUCAAUGAGGCUUUGCAAGCAGAGAGACAGCUCUAUAGCAGUCUGGUGAAGUUCCACGCCCAUCCAGAGAGCUCAGAGAGAGACCGAACUCUGCAGGUGGAAUUAGAAGGGGCCCAGGUGAUACGCGGUCGGCUAGAAGAAGUUCUUGGAAGAAGUCUGGAGCGUUUAAGCAGGCUGGAGACCCUGGCCGCCAUUGGAGGUGCAGCUGCAGGGGACGAUACUGAAGAUGCUAGCACCGAGUUCACGGACAGCAUCGAGGAGGAGGCUGCCCACAAUAGCCACCAGCAACUCAUCAAGGUGGCCUUGGAGAAGAGCCUGGCAGCCGUGGAGACCCAGAAUGCAUGUCUUCCCCCUCCUUCCUCAACAGGAGGGGACAGUCACAGAGGUCUUCAGGAGGAAAUGCUCCACCUGAGGGCUGAGAUCCACCAGCACUUAGAGGAAAAGAGGAGAGCUGAGGGGGAACUGAAGGAGCUAAAGGCUCAAAUUGAGGAAGCAGGAUUCUCCUCUGUUGCCCACAUCAGGAACACCAUGCUGAGCCUUUGCCUUGAGAAUGCAGAGCUGAAAGAGCAGAUGGGAGAAGCAAUGUCUGAUGGAUGGGAGAUUGAGGAAGACCAGGAGAAGGGCGAGGUGACAGUGGAAACUGUGGUAGCCAGAGGGGGUCUGAAUGAGAAUAGCCUUCAGGCUGAGUUCAGAAAGCUCCAGGGAAAACUGAAGAAUGCUCACAACAUCAUCAACCUCCUCAAAGAACAGCUGGUGCUGAGCAGCAAGGACGGGAAUAGUAAGCUUAGUCCAGAGCUCCUUGCGCCCCUGGCCCGGGAGAUCGACAGAAUGAACACCGAGCUGGUCGGUUCUCCUGAGAAGCCCCAACACCAAGAAGAGGAGCACGUGACCAUAAGGCCCUGCCCCAGACCCCAGAGCCUUGACCUUGGGACUCCCCUCACCGUGGAUGGCCACCAACUGGAUAACCGGUCCCAGGCCCGAGACCCUGGGCCUCAGUCAGAAUUCAGCCUUCUGGGAUCCACCAAGCACCUGCGCUCCCAGCUGGCUCAAUGCAGACAACGCUAUCAGGAUCUCCGGGAGAAGCUGCUGAUAUCAGAAGCCACGGUCUUUGCCCAGGCCAACCAGCUGGAGAAAUACAGAGUCAUGCUUAGUGAAUCCUUGGUGAAGCAGGACAGCAAGCAGGUGCAAGUGGACCUCCAGGAUCUGGGCUAUGAGACCUGCGGCCGAAGCGAGAAUGAGGCUGAGCGGGAGGAGAGCACCAGUCCCGAGUGUGAGGAGCACGACAGCCUCGGGGAAACAGCCCUGGUGGAGGGGCGCCUGGGCUCACCAGCGGCCAGCCCCCCGGGCACGAAGCCCUUGGAGAGCCCUCGAGGGAAGCAGGAGGAGUUCCAGGCAUCUGGAAAGUCGGAAGACAUCUCUGUCCUACAAAAGGACAUCAGAGACCUGAAGGCCCAGCUGCAGAAUGCCAACAAGAUCAUUCAAAACCUCAAGAGCCGGGUCCGGUCCCUCUCGGUUACAAGUGACUAUUCAUCUAGUCUGGAGAGACCACGAAAGCUGAAGGCCAUUGGCACCCUCCAGGGAUCUUCACCUCAUAGUGUCACUGACGAGGAUGAGGGGUGGCUGUCUGAUGGCACUGGAGCUUUCUACCCCCCGGGGCUUCAGGCUAAAAAGGAUCUGGAGAGUCUGAUCCAGAGAGUGUCCCAGCUGGAGGCCCAGCUCCUGAAAACUGGAGUGGAAGGGAAGCUGGCAGAGGAGCUGAGAUCAGCCUCAUGGCCUGGGAAAUAUGAUUCCCUGAUUCAGGAUCAGGCCCGAGAGCUGUCAUACCUACGCCAGAAGAUACGAGAAGGGAGAGGUAUCUGUUAUCUUCUCACCCAGCAUGCAAAAGAUACAGUAAAAUCUUUUGAGGACCUUCUUAGGAGCAAUGACAUUGACUACUACCUGGGGCAGAGCUUCCGGGAGCAGCUUGCCCAGGGAAGCCAGCUGACAGAGAGGCUUACCAGCAAACUCAGCACCAAGGAUCAUAAAAGUGAGAAAGAUCAAGCUGGAAUUGAACCGCUGGCUCUCAGGCUCAGCAGGGAGCUGCAGGAGAAGGAGAAAGUGAUUGAAGUCCUACAGGCCAAGCUGGAUGCCCGGUGCCUCACGCCCUCCAGCAGCCAUGCCUUGUCGGACUCCCAGCGCUCUCCCAGCAGCUCCUCCUUCCUGUCUGAUGAGCUGGAAGCCUGCUCUGACAUGGAUGUAGCCAGCGAGUACACACACUAUGAAGAGAAGAAGGCUCUGCCUGGUCACUCAGAUUCCAUCCAUCAUUCGAGUCAUUCCGCUGUCCUGUCUCCUAAGCCAUCAGCAACCAGUGCACCUCGGGGGGUUAAGGCCGAACCCAGCAGCAACCCCAUCAGCUUGCCAGCUCCCCAGAACCCCCCCCCGGAGGCCAGCCAGGCCCAUCCAGGUGUCAGCACCGGCCACCCUGCUUCCCCAGCUGCAUUGCCAAGCAACCAUUUAGAAGCCAGUUCUUCCCACUAUCUCAACGCCGCCCAGCCCCACUCUCCUCUGAGGGGCAGCACAGAACUGGGCAGAAGCCUGGAGCCCAGCUACCUGGGCAGCAGCAGCCAGUGGGAUGUGAUGAGGCCUCAGAAAGGGAGUGUAUCAGGCGACCGGUCCUCAGGAUCCUCUGUGUGUCAGCUUAACUCCAAACCCACAGGGGCUGACCUGCUAGAAGAACAUCUUGGUGAGAUCCGGAACCUGCGCCAGCGUCUGGAGGAGUCCAUCUGCAUCAAUGACCGCCUCCGGGAGCAGCUCGAACACCGGCUCAGCUGUGCAGCCCGUGGGAACGGAUCCACCUCUAAUUUCUACAGUCCUGGCCUGGAACCCACACCUCAGCUCUACAACGAGAACAGAGUCCUUAAGGAAGAAAACCGGAGCCUUCAGGCUCAGCUGAGUCAUGUUUCCAGAGAGCGCUCCCAGGAGACAGAAUGCCUGAGGGAGGCUCUGCUGUCCUCUCGAGCCCGGCUUCAAGAGUUGGAGAUGGAGCUGGAGCACCAAAAGGGGGAACGGCAGCAGCUUCUGGAAGACUUGAAGGAGAAGCAGCAGGAGAUCUUGCAUUUCCAGGAGGAGCGCCUGUCCCUCCAGGAGAAAGACUCCAGGCUGCAGCGUAAGCUGGCCCUCCUGCAGCAACAGUGUGAAGAUAAACAGCAGCUCUUCCAGUCCCUCCGGUCGGAGCUACAGAUCUACGAGGUGCUUUAUGGCAAUUCCAAGAAGGGGCUGAAAGCUUCCACCCGGGAUGCCGGGCACCAGGUCCCUUCGAGCAGUGACUUGAGCCAGCUGGUGGCAGAGAUCCGAGCUUUGCGAGGGCAGCUGGAGCGAAGCAUCCAGGUGAACAACGGUCUGCGACAGCAGCUGGAGCAGCAGUUGGACGGUGAGGGGGGCAACGCCAGCCUCAGCCCCUCCUCCGCCAACCAGGAGGACCCUGGAAACAAGCAACCGCUCUUCCAUGACUCCAUUGCUUCCCCUCCAGUACGAGAUGUUGGCAUGAAUUCUCCAGUGCUCGUGUUCCCUGGCCCUUCUCCCGCUGCUCCUGGCUCAGAGACCGCCAUCUUCAAUAAGACAAAUGAGCUGGAUUUGGAUGCUUCGGCAGUAAUGAAUCCUCCCAAGCUGGAGGGCGAAGCUACUGAUGGUUCUUUUGCCAGUAAACAUGGCCGCCAUGUCAUUGGCCACAUUGAUGACUAUAGUGCCCUACGACAGCAGAUAGGGGAGGGCAAACUGCUGGUCAAAAAGAUAGCAGCUCUUGUGAGAUCAGCCUGCACCUUCCCAGGCCUUGAAACUCAGGGCACAGAGGUGCCCGGCAGCAAAGGCAUCCAUGAACUUGGGAGCAGCGCCCAGGCCCUGCAGCACACGCUGGAGGAGUCGGCCUCCCUCCUCACCAUGUUCUGGCGAGCGGCCCUGCCCAGCUCCCCCGGCCCUGCCCUGUCUGGCAGCACGGGACAGUCCAUGAAAAGGGAACUUCUGGAACUGAGAACCAAACUGUCCAAACAGGAGAGUCUCCUUCAGAGCACAGUGGAGCGUCUGAAGACUGCCAACCAGCAGAAGGAGAGCAUGGAGCAGUUCAUCUUCAGCCAGUUGACCAGGACACAUGAUGUUUUGAAGAAGGCAAGGACUAAUUUGGAGGUGAAGUCCCUAAGGGCUCUGCCGUACACCCCAGUCUUGUGACCCUUGCCUUCCAGGAGCCACGCAAGAAGAGGAGCCGCCAGAGGUCUUGCCAACAGCAGGAAGGAUGGGCCUGCCCCCCUUUGGUGCAGAUGCCAAUCUACUGAGGAGACCUGGAUCCCACUCCUCCACACCUGCUGGAGGGUCCAGGAGGAGUCAAGAGGCCGGGCCGGUGGAGGAGGGCGGAGAGCAGACAGCCUCUCCUAUGGCUAAGGGACACCAUCCGCCAGGGGCUGCUCAGCCCCGCACUGAGCAAACACGCACAGUCUGUAGAGGAGCUCGUGACACUGCUUCUUAGUGCCGCACUGGCCUGGGGACUGGCAACGGCCACUUCUCGCUCCAGCGCCCGUCCUCAGAUGGUCAGCUCAGGGGACACAGGGCCCUGCUGCCUACAGAUGGGACACCUGGUCCCCACACGGGAGCUCUUCGGCCCGUUCCAAAGCCCACGAGUGACAGCGGUGCCCUGAGGGCCAGUGGGGCUCAGCCAGCACGACCCCCAGAUCCACACUUCCCCGGGGCCAGCUCAGCCGGGUCGCCGUCAGGCUGGGUGUCAGUCUACACCGCGGCUCCUGAGUGCUUUGAAUGCACAUGGCCAAAGCGCUGGCUUCCCACGCACCAUCUCCUGCUUAGCCUAGCACCUCCUAGUUCCCUUCUUUUAGGAUCUCCAAAGUGUGGCCACCUCGCUCUGAAUAUGCUGUCGCCUUGCAUCACCCUAACUCCUCUCUGGGGAACUGGGACUCGUGGCCAGGCCAAGCCCAGUGAAAGUCAUGUGUAAGACAAACCGGUGAUCAUUUUGAAGUGGCACCUGAGAAGCCUCCAGUUGUGGGAAAGCCUAGUCUGUGUCCUGACAGUGCUUUAGAAGGCAUGUACGUGUGUAUAAAUGUACCAUAGAUAUUUAUAUAUGUUGCUAUAGUGAUAUGUUGAGGGCAACAUAACUGGUGGACAGGGUCUGUUAGAGGAAAUGAAACACGGUCUUUUUGGUGGCUAUGAAAGGAAAAUGUGUAUAAAGAAAAAAAUCAUUUUUCCUCACCUG